AAGUCAAACAAUCCGGUUGAAAUUUUAGGAUCAGAUGCGGCUGCAUUGAGAACAAGUGCGAAACAAGACGGUGACUAUUAUGUAGUGAAUGGAUCGAAAGCUUUUAUCAGUGGCAGCGGGGAUGCGAAACUUUAUUUGGUUAUGAUGCGACACGAAGGACAAACCGGUCCCAAAGGCAUAUUCUGCCUGGCUGAAAGUUUUUUCCUUUUCAAACGCAUUUCUCUCAUAAUAUUCAUCAAAAUUGCUGUAUUCAUUAGAACUGACUUCAGUGCAUUACUGUAUAAGAUAACGGUUGAAGCUGAUACACCUGGAUUACAUUUAGGCAAGAAAGAGAAGAAACUUGGCUGGAGGUCACAACCAACUCGGACAAUCACUUUCGAGGAUUGUCGUGUGCCUGUGAGCAAUCAAAUCGGCUCCAAAAAUGAAGGUGACUCAAAAAAAAAUCGCUUAUGUUUUUGGCUAUUCGGGCAGAUAACACGUCGGAUUACAGGUUUCAACAUAGCAAUGGCUGGUCUGAACGGUGGUCGUGUGAAUAUCGCAUCGUGUUCGUUAGGUGCCGCACAAAUGAGUUUGGAUUUAGCCAUUGAGCAUUUGCACGUUCGAAAACAGUUCAACAGACAUCUGUCGAAAUUCCAAUGGAAUCAAUUCAAACUCUCCGAAAUGGCCACAAAACUCUUCACCUCAAGACUACUCGUUCGAGACGCCGCACAUCAUCUGCAGGUUGUUCACUAUUUGAGUAUUUCUGCGAACACGAUAAACUUACGAAACGAUUAA